CGCCGAGGGAGAGGCGGAGGCGGGAAGCGGGCGCCCGGCGACGGGGCCCUGAUGGACCGCCACCUCCUCUUCGUGAGCUGGCGAGGCCGGCGAGGGGAGGCCGGAGCCGAGGGCCGCCCAGGUGCGCGCUUUCUUCCCGCGGGAACCUCGCUGGCUUAUGCCAGGUUUUGUUCACGUGUGCGCGUGUGAAUGUCGCGUCUUUCUUGCAGGUUUCGUUCACGUGUACGCGUGUGAACGCCGUGUGUGUAAUCACAGGUUUAAUCCACGUGUAUGCAUGUGAAUGUCGUGUGUUUAUUGCGGGUUUAAUUCACGUGUGCAUGUGUGAACGCCGUGUGUGUAAUCACAGGUUUAAUUCACGUGUACAUGUGUGAAUGUGUGUUUAUUGAAAGUUUCAUUCACGUGUACACGUGUGAAUGUCGCGUCUUUCUUGCAGGUUUCAUUCACGUGUACACGUGUGAAUGUCGUGUGUUUCUUGCAGGUUUCAUUCACGUGUACACAUGUGGACCUCGUUUGCUUCUUGUCUCCCUCCCAUGUUGGCAUGUGAACCUCAUUUGCUUAUUGCAGUAUCAUUCAUGUGCACGUGUGUGAACUUUGUGUGUUUUUUGCAGAUUUAUUUCCCGUGUACAGUGUGAACCUAUUGUUUAUUGCUGGUUCAAUUCAGGUGCACAGUGUGAAUCUCAUUUGCUUAUUGCCGGUUUAAUUCAUGUGUAUGCAUGUGAACCUCAUUGGCUAAUUGCAAGUUUCAUUCACGUGUAUGUGUGUAAACUUCGUGUGUUUAUUGCAAAUUUAAUAAACGUGUACGCAUGUGAACCUCAUUUGCUUAUUGUUGCCCUCGCAUGUUGGCAUAUGAGCCUUGUUUGCUUGUUGCAGUAUCAUUCACAUUUAUGUGUGAACCUCGUGUGUUUAUUGCUGGUUUAAUUCAUGUGUAUGCAUGUGGACCUUCUUGGUUUAUUGCAAAGAAUGUCAUGUUUAUUGCAGAUUUCAUUUAUGUGUACGCAUGUGAACCUCAUUUGCUUAUUGUCAUCCUGGUUCAUAGCGAUAUACUAGAUAUAUUUUGGCAUGCAUGCUACUGUAAAUUUAAGGAAUGCUUAAUAAGGAUGGAAUGUGGAUUCUUGUGUUCCUAUGAUGCUUCUUGCACAUAAAAUAAAAUUUGUAUUUUGCAGGUUUGACUGCUGAAAGUAUUUAUAACUUAUUAGAAACAAACUGCAGUACCUCACUAAACACAAAAGUUGAAGAUUUCCCAGGUAAGUGAAACAGCAAAUAUUAGCAUAUGCCAUGUUUUCAGUCAUUGGGGACUCGCAGGGGAUGGGUAGGUCCAACCCGUGUUGCUUGUGAACCUCCCAGAAGCAUCUGACUUGCCACUGUUGAAAACAGAAAAAUUUCUAUAAAUUUUAAAUGUUUUCAGGUCUGUGCUUGAGAUGUCAGUUACUGUAAUUUAUAAAAUCACAGCAGUCAUUUAUUGAGGGCCUCACAGAUUUAGUUAACUGUAUAUGGCCACUAGAAAACAAUGAAAAACAGCAGCAACUCGCAAACCUUUUUCAUGCAAGAACUGGGGUGAUGGGGAGAAAAGAGAGGAUAGUUAAGAAUGCAACAAAAAGACAAUUGUUUACAGUAAUAUUUUGCAUUUUGUUACUUAGUGUAUAUUUUUUGACAAAGCAUCUUGCAGUUCUUGACUCAGCCUUUGCAGUCCAUUAAACAUCUCUGAAGAUGGAAAUGGGGUUUGGAUACUAGCUACUAAUACCUUUUCUUUCUUUCUUUCUUUCUUUCUUUCUUUCUUUCUUUCUUUCUUUCUUUCUUUCUUUUCCUUCCUUCCUUUAGCUUGUUCACUUGUUGGGACUCCAGGUGUGAAGGGAUGGUAUUUUGCAAUUCAGUCAAUAUGUGGGUUUUCUCAGGUGAGUUAGUACAAGUUGCAUCAUUAUCUACAAUGUUAAUAUAACUUGGCCGACCCUUACGAAAUUUCCUUUUGAUUGGAUAGUUUUGCAGUUGUGACUGGGAGGACAUCAAUUUUGACCUGGAGGCGGAAGAAAGCAAAAUCUCUGUUCAAAGAAAUAUUGAAGCGUGUCUUGGCGGUUUUCAAAGUUUGGAGGACGAUGACAGUAAUAGCCGGGAAUCCCUAUCCCUGAUUGAGUAAGCUGAUUCAAUAUUUUAUAAUACACCCAAAUAGUACAGUUUAAGAACCAGAAAACCUAGGCUGCAAACCAGAAAACCGUGGGAAUCAUUGACUUUAGUAGGCUUGCACAUACAGUGGUGCCCCGCAAGACGAAAAACUCGCAAGACGAAAAACUCGCUAGACGAAAGGGUUUUGCGUUUUUUGAGUCGUUCUGCAAGACGAAUUUCCCUAUGGGCUUGCUUCGCAAGAGGAAACGUCUUGCGAGUUCUUGCGAGUUUGUUUCCUUUUUCUUAAAGCCGCUAAGCCGCUAAUAGCCGCUAAGCCGCUAAUAGCCGUGCUUCGCAAGACGAAAAAACCGCAAGACGAAGAGACUCGCAGAACGGAUUAAUUUCGUCUUGCGAGGCACCACUGUAAUUCACCUGGAGAGUCUGCAGUGGAGCACAGCAUCAUAGGCAGGAGGCAAUGCAAAGGUGAGGGGAAGUAGUUUUAUUGCCACUGCACAAAAAUGAAGCUGGGAUACAUACCAGGGGAGAACAAGGGCAAGAUAGCUUGUCUUAGGAUGCUGUUAGCUGAGUGAGAACAGUGAAAUAGCUAGGCUGAGGUCAGAAGGCCUGUGUGUGUUUUAUAACUUUAUUUUCAGCCAGAUGAGUCCCUCAAGAUAAUUCUCAGGAAGCAUAAGCAGUGAGACAAUACAGGCACGCCAGUUUUACAACGCAAUUGUGAUACUGAAGCAGUUAUAAAGAGGGCUUACCUUUUGAGAACUUGGCUAGCUUCUUCGGUUGUCAGAACACGUGAAAUGCAUUCGUGGACUGUGAAAACAUGAUUAUGUUAGGCUGUUAUGAGGCAGCAUACAACAGCAGUUUUGAUUAGGUCUUGGCCUUGUAAGCCUGGCAGUUUCUUGGAGAGGUUUUGACUAGUUGAAUGUUAAAACAUUAUUUAUUUCAGAUAUUAUUUUUUCAUUAUUAUUUCAGAUAUAAAUGGUGCAUGGCAGAAAACUCUGAAUGCCAGCACAAGGGGGAGCCAGUGUGUUGAUCACUGAAACACGUCAAACAGAAAUUGCUUCAUCUCUUUAGCCUGAAAUUCUACACAUACAUACUUAUGAAUAAACCCAACUGAACUCAGUUGGGUUUGUUCUGAAUAAACGUACAGAGGAUUGUGUUAUAAGUAGCAAAACAGUGUUAGUAAAUGACUUGCUAGAGGGACAUUUUUAGAGUUUGACUUGGCAUAUGACUGCUCUAACAAGCAGUGAAUAUUUUUUUAAAAACAUAAAAUUUAAAUCAUGGGUAGGCAAACUAAGGCUCAGGGGCCACAUCCGGCCCAAUUGCCUUCUAAAUCUGGCCCGCAGACAGUCUGGGAAUCAGCGUGUUUUUACAUGAGUAGAAUGUGUCCUUUUAUUUAAAAUUUAAAAUGCAUCUCUGGGUUAUUUGUGGGGCCUGCCUGGUGUUUUUAGAUGAGUAGAAUGUGUGCUUUUAUUUAAAAUGCAUCUCUGGGUUAUUUGUGGGGCCUGCCUGGUGAUUUUACAUGAGUAGAAUGUGUGCUUUUAUUUAAAAUGCAUCUCUGGGUUAUUUGUGGGGCCUGCCUGGUGUUUUUAGAUGAGUAGAAUGUGUGCUUUUAUUUAAAAUGCAUCUCUGGGUUAUUUGUGGGGCAUAGGAAUUCGUCCAUUUCCCCCCCUCAAAAUAUAGUCUGGCCCCCCACAAGGUCUGAGGGACAGUGGACCGGCCCCCUGCUGAAAAAGUUUGCUGACUCCUGAUUUAAAUCAUCCUUGCAUGGAUGUUUUCAUAGGAUCUUUAUGGGCUCCCUAACCCAUGGGACUCUCAAGAGUCUCCUCCAGCACCAUAAUUCAAAAGCAUCAAUUCUUCGGCGAUCAGCCUUCCUUAUGGUCCAGCUCUCACUUCCAUUGGUACCAGACAUCAUUCCAUUGGUACCAGACAGCAAAUAAGAAGCGAGCCUACUUGUCUGUUUCACACACUGAAAACAUGUUGAUACUUUGCAAUUCAAAUAUGUGGAUUGCAUAAUGCUUGGAAUAUUUUAAAUCAUUUUUAUUCUUGAAAGAUGAUAGUUUAUUUAUUUUCAAUGUUUGUGUUUCAGUCUCUAUGAAGAGUCUGCAGAGAAUAUACAUCUGUUAGCAGAUAAGCUUCCUGCUCCUGGUAAUCUUUUUUUAAUAAUCAAAUCUUUUCCCCUGAAAUAUCUUUUUUUUAAAUGCAUUUGGGGUAUAACAGAUCUAUUCCAAUUUUUUUCGUAUGGCGGUCCUUAUUCAAGUAAGCAUGCAUGUUGUCUCUCCUGUAUAUAAUCCUCUCGUAUUUGGCAAGUAGUUUUGCAUUACUGGAAAGUUUGAUGCUGUCACCAGCUGGUGUUGUGCUUCCGCUUAUGUAUUUCCAGCAUUCAUAGUCUGGGAGCAAAAUGGCAAUAGGUUUCUGCAGCAAAGCAGUUUGCUAGAAAUACAGUAUGGCAAAAUUUAGUUUUUUAAAAAAACUUAAAGGUGAUCAGGAAUCAAAAUGGAAAGAAGUCAACACUUUAUCUGUGGCUACUGUGAUAGACUUGCAAAUGGACUUGGAAGAUGAUGAUGCUUGCUGCAAACAGAGCUGGACAGCAUUUAUUUAGCCAUUUUUAUAUCACAGAGUUAUCUGUGCCUUCCAGGGCAUAUUUACAGAUCUGUGUUAGAGGAAUGAAAGGGAGGGUCAUGAAGUAAGAAGAUUGAUAUACAGUGGAAGGAAAAUUGGAACUGCAAAGAUAUCAAGAAGCUCAAAUGCAGCUUUUUCUGGGGUUAUCUGUAGAAGAUGGAGAAUAGCAGUGAAGGUGUGAUGUCUAAGUUAGAUUGCGUCUCUUAAAGCAUCUUGCUAAAUUUGAGUGUUCUGCAACCAGAUGUUUGAGAAAUGCUGCAAACAAGCCUAUAAAUUUUGACAAACUGCUUGAUAAUAGCUUUUGGGGGAUAAAACAGCUUUACCCUAUCUUGUGCUUAAUAGUGAGGGGUUUUGCUGUACAUGUGUGUUUUAUCUAUUGAAAUUGCUUCUACAGGAAGAACAAUGGUUGAUGUCAUAUUGCAUUCUUCAGAAAGAGAUGCCCCUAGAUUAAAAGAUUGCUUACCUGCCAUUGGUGCCUUGAAACACCUGAGAGAAUGGCAUGGAGCAAAAAUAACUAUUGUAGCAAGUGAAAGCAAAAUGUGAGUAGUGCCAUUUAAACGAGAGAACUAAUUUUAGUGUUUGUGUCACUUUAUGUAAAAAUAUUUUAACGUCUCAAUUCAUAUAUUGUAAUAUUUUGGCAGGCACCCUUAUAAACAAAAUGUAAGUUUGCACUUAAAGAGGAAACAAGAGCACCACACCUGCAAAAUGUUGACUAAAGCUUUGCAUUGUAUCUUUCUGGUAGAUUUCUUCUCUGCCCUGAUUUAUGUUGAAAUUGUAUACGGGGUUUGAAGUUUUUCUGGCAAUAAUGAAUCGUGUUCUCAGGUGUCAAAGUGAACUUGUUAUGCCCAUCAACCUGCCUUUUGAUUUCCUAGGGGGUUAGGAAGUCUUGAGCUAGACACCUGAAUGCUAAGGGAGACUUGUGAGACCACUGAAUUUGAAUUAUAAGAUCAAUGAGUGACUUUGGUUAAAUGAAGGCAUAUAGAUAAUGCCCGCAACUACUAAGAUAUAUUACUUUUACAAAAGAUAAAUCAGUACUGGGCUGAUAGCUGGUGUUGUACCGUUGUCUCAAACACUGAAGUUGUAAAGAUUUAAAGACUUGAGUAAAGAACGCACAACUCACUCAUGUUUUCUUUCUGCAACAGUUGGCAGAAAAUCGCAUGCUAUCUUUCUGCAGAUAUUGUGGCUCCCGAGAAUCUAAAAAACAGCAUUGAUUCCAGAGACUUGUGGAGAGGAAAGAUUCAGAUAUGGGAGCGAAAGGUAUUGGUGUGAAACCCUCUGUGGGUGCAUGUUGACUCAACCUGUAUCAAACUAAUGAAAAAUGCAUGCUAAGUUCGUACACGGAAAGGCUUCAAAGCUCUUGAUUGAAUUUAGUGAAUCAGAGAAAAACUGUGUUGCUUUAAGCAUAGUGAUCAAGGUGCGUGUGGCUGAAACAGCCUGGUAUUCUGGUUUGGGUGGGCAGAGCUUGCAGAUUUGAGAUAGCAACCCAAGCAUGCUAACUCUGGAUGUCCUUGAUCGUUCAGAUGAGCUGCAAACCCAGAAAAUGUCCCCCCACCCCAGUUGUCAAAUUGCUUCACUGGCAGAGCCCACAAAGCCCGGUGCCAGAUACGACAAAGGAAGAUAAUAGGGCUAUCCGACGAUGGCAUGCUUCAAGUUCCCUGCCAGAGAAGCCUCAUUUAAGCACCAUCAGUCACUACAAGCGCAGUGUGCAGAUCCCAAAUCCACAUGUACAGUCGUACCUUGGAAGUCGGACGGAAUCCGUUCCGGAAGUCCGUUCAGCUUCCAAAACGUUCGAAAACCACAUUGCGACUUCUGAUUGGCUGCAGGAAGCCCCUGCAGCCAAUCAGAAGCCCCGUCGGACGUUUGGGUUCCAAAAGAAUGUUUGCACACCGGAACAAUCACUGCAGUGUCCGGCAGCCAAAACGUCCAAGUUCCAGGGCAUUUGGGGUCCAAGGUACUACUGUAUAUCCACCUUGGAUGGUGAAGAUGCCAACACAGAGGGACAGAGAAGUGAAGGCGAUAGAAAAGCAUCUAAACAGUAAAGAGGCAUGAGGCACACAAAGGAAGCAGGUCUCCCACUUCCUGUUGUGCACAUGCCUUCCUCUCUUCUUACCACAGCAGGAGAUUUUGAGUUGGGGUGAGGAAUAAUACUUGUGCAUUUAAAGAAGCAUUAGGUCCAGCGCCGAAGACCUUCUGGCGGUUCCCUCACUGCGAGAAGUGAGGUUACAGAGAACCAGGCAGAGGGCCUUCUUGGUAGUGGCGCCCGCCCUGUGGAACGCCCUCCCAGCAGAUGUCAAGGAAAUAAACAACUAUCUGACUUUUAGAAGACAUCUGAAGGCAGCCCUGUUUAGGGAGGUUUUUAAUGCUUGAAGUUUUAUUCUGUUUUUAAUGUUCUGUUGAAAGUCGCCCAGAGUGGCUGGGGAAACCCAGCCAGAUGGGUGGGGUAGAAAUAAUUUAUUAUUAUUAUUAUUAUUAUUAUUAUUAUUAUUAUUAUUAUUAUUAUCAUCACUACUACUACUACUAUUAUUCAGCAUUCAAAUCUGGACUCUCUGCUAUCCACUUCCUUCCCCAGAAAGAAGGGCAGGGGAUGUAGGUGGGACCAGCUUAUCUGAGCACACAAGCAAGGAAAAAGCUUUUGAAAGUGUUUUUUUAAAAAAAUCAAAAAAUCUAGUAAUGCAUUGUUUUUAAUUCCAUUCGUUGUGUUUUCUUUUUUCACCUUAAGUGUUUUUGACUAAUUUAAAAAGAAACAAAUGCAACUCCUACUAUAGACUUUUUUGCACUUACAUUUUUCUUUUUUGUUUUCUUCAGUUUGGAUCUGAAAUUACUUUUCCAGACUUCUGUAUAAAAGGCACUGCAUCAGGAAGGCAGCUCGGCACCUUGGCUUUAAAUUCUUACUUUACUGCCGAUGAAACUGGACGUAGGCAGAAUACUAAUGCUUGUUUGUCGGAGGUAAAGCCUGUGUUUUACGUGUCUUUGAAACGGCACUUCUCCUCUUUAGGAAUCAAUAGUGGCUAAAUCUAGGCAAUAGGCAUGCGGUAAAAUUGAAGAUUUGUUUUAAGGAGACUGGAAAACAUUCACAGGCAAAAAUGAAAGAGAAUAUUUGAAAAUCUGGCUGCAGGUUCUCUGUGCUAAAAAGGGGGGAAAGAUCACACUUACCUAAUCACAUGAAAAUUAGGGAAGAGAAAUGCAAGUAAAUGUAGCAACAUGUGUUUAAAGCGUGGCUGCUGUUGGGGAUUAAAAAAAAUAUUUUUGGUCAAGGAAUUCAGUUGAGCCUAGGUUGUGCUCAUCAUGGUUGAUUUUCCUUUCCAUUACCUUGUGACUUGGCCGUUUCAGAGGGUAUUUUAACUAUGGGGGCUUUUUGACUGUGCAAGAGAAAAGGAAGUACAGAAACCUCUAUGUGCUGUUUGUUUAAAAAAUAUUCUUGCCAUAAACAUAUAGAAUCAUCUCAUUUAGAGGUAUUGGUGGUAUAUGUGUUUGCCUAAUAACCCUUUCAACUUAAUUUCUUCUUAGGUUUUCCAUUAUUAUUGCCCUGCAUUGAAAUUUGUACAGAUAGUGAUGCUGUCACAUCUGCCUUCAUCUUUAGUGUCGGGUCUUCAGUUUGAGCUGUAUCCUUUUGUUACCAGACCCAUUUUGCGCGAUUUAGAUGCUUUGAGUGCAUGCAGAGCAGGCACGUCCAAAGUCUGUUUUGGGGGGUCUAAUCCGGCCCGCCGGUCGGUUUAAUUCGGGCCCUGUGGCGGUUUAUUUCCUGGUGUAAAAUCCUAAAAAAAGGUUAACAACUUUGGUUGGCCCCCACGGCCCUUUACUUCCUCAAAUCUGUCCCUCUUUAAAAAAAGUUUGGGCACCACUGAUGUAGAGCAUGAGACCCUUGUAUCUCAGGGUGGUGGGUGCGAACCACAUGUUGGGCAUUGCAGGGAGUUGGAGUAGAUGACCCUCGUUGGUCCCUUCCAAUUCUGUGAUUCUGUGAAGAAAUGUGUCAGGGAACUGCUAUCAGCUCAGGCGAGAGGUGGAAGGGCAGGUGUGGUACAGGGAGCCUCCGAAGAUCGUGCGAAGCAGUUCUUCCUCUGGCGAGGAGGGAAGCCCCACCUCCAGUGGGGAGGGGGUGCUGGGAUCAGAAGAUGCUAGGGAGAGCCUCAACACCGAGCCUGAGCAAACCGGAGGGGAGGCAAGUCCCUCUUUGCCAGCGCCCAUUCUGUGCAGUAGUCUUUGGCGCAGAGAGGGGAGGUCACACGGCUGUUAUGCUGGGGGAAGGUAUAAGGACCACCCACUCCCAGAUUCUGCUAGCGACUGAGCAGACAUGGACUUGCAACGCUCUGCACUGUAAAUAGUUUGUACAGAUAAUAAAGCCUGAAAAAGACAGGUCGGAGUCUUGCCUGUUUGCUCUUGAGCAACCACACCAGCACCUGACAAAAUGGUUCUUUAACUCUCUGUGUAGGAGCUUGGCAAGAACUGAUGUGGAGGAGAAAUCUCUGCUAUUUUGGAAUCAGAUUUCUUCUCUGCGUGGAAAGGUAUCUUGUCUCUUGCAGUGCUUUUUUCUGGGGGGACGCAUACUCCUAAACAUUUUGUGCAUCUAAGUUUGGCCUCAUUGGGGGGCAGUAUUUCAAUAUGAGUAGGAAAAUAAGAGUACCCCUAAACAUUUUUUUAAAUAAAAAAAGCACUGGUCUCUUUGGAAAAUCAAGUAUAAUGUUAAGUUUUAUAUGUACAUUGGUCUCUGGUGUGUCACCUUAUUUCUCGGGUAAAUAUGAGUAAUGAGCACAUUAGCUUAAAUACAAAUAAGCAUAGUUUCCAUUUGGGGUAGAGAGUUUCUUGGAAAGAUAGCAAGUGCUUUGCUUUGUAGCACAGUAGUAUCUGAGGACUAUUCACAAACCUUCUAAGUACAAAUUAUAUAUUUAAUGCAGUGUUUCUCAACCUUUGGUCUUCAGCUGGACUACAGAACCCAUGAUCCCUAGCUAGCAGUACCAGUAGACAGAGAUAAUGGGAGUUGUAGUCCAACAACAGCUUUGCCACUCAAGGUUGAGAAGCAUUGAUUUAAUGAAUGUAACUCUAAACUAUUGCCAGCAAGCCAAAGCUCACAAACCAUGGUUUGACCUUGGCAUGGUUAAACGAACCGUAUUUUAACCAUGGUUUCCAUGAAUUCGGUUAGAACGGGUUGCUAAAGUGAAAGUGAAAGCUUCCCCACUUCUCACAGCUAUAGCAGAGGCGAGAGAGAGAGUGCAUGAGCCCAUGGCUCCUUUAGGAUCACUCAAAUAAUACUCAACAGUAAGGUAAAGGGACCCCUGAACAUUAGGUCCACUUUGACGUGCUUUCGAACUGCUAGGUUGGCAGGAGCAGAGACCGAGCAACGGGAGCUCACCCCAUCACGGGGAUUCGAACCGCCGACCUUCUGAUCGGCAAGUCCUAGGCUCUGUGGUUUAACCCACAGCGCCACCCGCAUCAAAUAAUACUCAACAGUAGUUUAGUGUUUUUACUGGAAAUGCACAUCGUUUCUAAAUUACGAGCCAUAUGCCUAGGGUUGUAAAUGCAUGGAAUAAAGAGAAAUGGGCAUAAAAGUUCAGUAUCUUCCAUAUCCAAAAUACAGGGUAAUAUGUGCCCUAAAGUGAGGCUGCAGUUUGCAACAAGAAUCAAGCAGAUUUAUACAACACUGGGAUCAGUCUAAUUCUGCCAAGAUGUUUCCUUUUAUUCCAUAGUUUUCUAAAUAUUCUCCAAUCCUUAUAUACUUUUUGUUUUGGUUGGCCUCUGUAUUGUAUACAUAUAAGUUUGUAGGGAGGUAAAAAGAAAUGAUAUAAGAAAUAUGUAACUGUGCAGUAUAAGUAAUGGAUAGACAAAGUACAGUGAGGUUAAUUGGAAGUCGGUUUUAAAUUUCUUUUCUAUAAAUUUUAUAAUUGUGCUCAAUACCAGGAGUAUAUAUGAUGAUAAUUAUAUCAGUCUUCUUAUAUCUUAUAGUGUGGUGGUUUGUUUGAUUUUUCUGUUAUUUGUUUGAUUGUACGUUUGUUUACUUGUAUGUACGUCUGUUUUUCAUAAAUGUGUUUGUUUUAAAUUACUAAAGAUAUAUUUUUUAAAAAGGGGAAAAAAGAAUCAAGCAGAUUUAUUGGUCUGGAUGUUGUUGCGUUCACUUGAUUCAGAACAUCUAAGGCAUUAUGGCAGCCAUCUUAACAUGUGCAGAUAAAUGUUCACACAAGUGACCUGUUUGCAUGACCCCCGCAAUGCAGGAGGAAGGGAUUAGCGAAGUUGCCCUUUUGUGACUAGAGAAGCCAUGGGGUUUCCCCCCCUCAUUUUCGAGGUAGAGCAGCGUUCUUUUGUCAUCGUUUCAACUGUCCUUGAAAGAUCAGUCAUAAUACUACCUGGCCCUUUAAAAAUCUUUCUCCUAUGAUGUUUAUUUGGUAAUGGAAAAGUGUACAUAUGCUUUUUCUGCAGGUAGGAGCCUUAUUUUUAUUGCCUUGCAGAGUAAGCAGCAUGUUGGUUCCUUUACCUGUGCAGCUGAGCUCAAAAAAAUGGAAAGAAUAUAUAGCCCAGAAACCCAGACUCAUUAAUGGUAAGUUGUCUUUUUUUUUACUACAUUUGCACUCUUUCCCUGUCCUGCUGGCCCACUUUUUUCAUCCCUGCCCCAAUUGAUCUUUUUUCUCUUGAAACUCUUGGUAGAUCUUUAUUAAUUGUAUGUGAAACUUGCAUAAAAAUAAUACCUCUUUUGAAGCUUUUUUUAAAGCAGUAUAAAAAAAGAAAUGCUUCUAUUUCCUUAAGUAUACAAAUAAGAGCUCACAUACUAGGAUGACCUAAUAACAUAACCUUAUAUGUGUUUACUCAGGAGUAAUCCCCAGUGUAUUCAGUGGGCUUGCUUCCUAGCCAGCGGAUAUAACAUUGCAGCCUAAAUAUAUUAAUCUGAAUAAUUUAUCAGGUUUUCUUUAAAUUUAUGAAGAAAUUGUGUGUGUGUGUGUUUUAAUUAAUGAAAGUUCAAAUGUAUUUACUUCUCUUAUUAGAGGAACCCUGGCUAUCCUAAAUCUAUAACUUAGUAAUAUUUAUUCUAGAUUUUCUGUAUGUGUUUAUUGAACAAAUUACUGUUUACUUUAGUAAGGUCUGAAGCCUUUACUUGCACAACUUCUUGUGUUCUAAUUAGUUCCAGAAGUUGAACUGAAAGGAGAAACGUGCAACUAUUAUUUCUUGGUACAAGGCAACGGCCGUGGAGGUUGCAAAGCAACAUUGAUCUAUUCAGCCAGUCAGAUCAAUGGAUCACUCACUCUUGCAAAAACAACCGGAAAAUUUACCACAAAGACAGGAGAAAGUGAAGCAUGUAAGUAUUAUGGCGCAUUACUUUCCUUCCAAGUAGAACAAGAUGUGGACUGCACCAAUUUCUUUUUAAAAACAGAGCUCUAAUAUAUUCAGUGUUUGGAGUCUUAGAUCCAAGAUAAUAAGGAUAUUAAUCAUUUUAACCAAUUCUAACGUCUAAGAACUAAUCAAGCCUGUGAGCUUGCCUAUUAGUUCUUUCAGUCGGGGAAUGAGAUCUGUGUACAGGCUUGUUCUCCUGAGUGUUUUCUCACUGACUUUGAUGAGACAAAUCUUGGAAUAGCUAUUAUACACACUGCUACGCAUUACAGUUGCACGGGUUAGAGCAGCUUUUGCCAGUCUGCAGCCCUCCUGGUGGGAGUUGUGGUCCAAAACAAACAGAAGGCACCAGGUUGUCAAAGAUGGGGUUAGUUGUUUUCUUUUAUUGCUUUUCCCAGCAAAAUAUGUCUCAGAAUUAGAACACUGCAGGGGGUUUGCUAGAGCUGGACAGGACAAUGGUGACUUUUCCCGUGUUUGUUGAUGGAUCAAACAGCAUGUGGACAAGGGUGGCCAAUCUUAAUAGUUUUGAAAAGCUGCUAAUAAGCAUCCCAUUCAUAUUUAUUCCCAAUUUGGGGGGACGGGGGACUUUUUUUUUCAGGUAUAGAAAGGGAUCAGUCUGAAUAUAGAAAUACAUCAUUGAAUGUUAAUAGUAGUACUUAUUAGGCAUCUCGUUAAGCAUUGUCAGUCGCAUUGUUAGAUUUCAUAAUUCAAUAUACAGUGGUACCUCGGGUUAAGUACUUAAUUCGUUCUGGAGGUCCCUUCUUAAUGUGAAACUGUUCUUAACUUGAGGUACCACUUUAGCUAAUGGGGCCUCCCGCCGCUGCGUGAUUUCUGUUCUCAUCCUGGGGCAAAGUUCUUAACCUGAGGUACUACUUCUGGGUUAGCGGAGUCUGUAACCUGAAGCGUUUGUAACCCGAGGUACCAUUGUAUUCGCCUAAUGCCAAACCAGCACUUUGGUAAGCCUUUAAAGCUUAAGAGGGACUAUUUCAAUACUACUACAGUGGUACCUCUGGUUGCGAACUUAAUUCAUUCCAGAGGUCCAUUCUUAACCUGAAACCGUUCUUAACCUGAGGUACCACUUUAGCUAAUAGGGCCCCCUGCCGCACCCCCGCUGCGCGAUUUCUUUUCUCAUCCUGAAGCAAAGUUCUUAACCCGAGGUACUAUUUCUGGGUUAGCGGAGUCUGUAACCUGAAUCACCUGUAACCCGAGGUACCACUGUAAUUCUUAGCCUACUAAAGAGGAGACUGGGAGGAGAUACAAUAGCCACCUUCAAAUAUCUCAAGGGCUACCACAUGGAAUAUGGAACAAGCUUGUUUUCUCCUGCUCUGGGGCCUAGGACCCGUACCAAUCGAUAAGCUACAAGAAAAGAGAUUGUGGCUAAACAUCAGGAAGAACUUUCUGACAGUCAGAGCUGUUUGACAGUGGAAGGGACUCCCUCGGGAGUUUGUGAACUCUUCUUCCUUGGAGGUUUUUAAAGCAAAGGUUUGGUGGUUAUCUGCCCACGAUGCUUUAGGUGAGAUUCCUGCAUUGCAGGGGGUUGGACUAGAUGACCCUGGGGGUCCCUUCCAACUCCACAAUUCUAUGAUUCUCAUGUGAUUCUAAGAUUCUAAUUUGAUCAGCAUUUUUUAAGAACACCUCUCAUCUCCCUGCCCUUCCCUAUCAACACAGGUUUGUUUGAAGAAUUCAUCAGAUCUCUCCCACAUUUCUGCGGAGAACAGAUUUUACAGAGAGAGAAGAAAUUGGCUCGUGCCCAAGCAUUGGCUUUGAAUCACUGCCGGAGUGAGUAACAGAGAGAACUGAUAUAAACCACAUUUAUCUUAAUUUGGAGUUUAAUUUGACACUAUUUACAUUUAUAAGCCCUGGAGAAGCUCGUAAGUUCAAAUAUUGUUUAAAAGGGUUGUCAUUAAGAAAAAUUACAACUGCACAUCAGGUAACUCAAACCAGGCUUAGGAUAAUGGGUCCCGUCAUCCCCGAAUUACUUCAAAUCACAUAUUCUGUUUUGUUUUUUUGAGGGCAGGGGAGUCUUUGCCUGCUUGCAGGGCAGAUAGAUGAAUCGGAGGGUGCGAUGAAAGUUCAAAACGAAAACCAAAUACCCAGUAGAGAUUUUGUCGUUUCAACAGGGCACAAGUAGUCUGUAGGAACACCAGGAUAAGUGGUUUGUUGUAUAUUGUUGAAAUAAUCACUUCCUUAUUGGAGCUAACGUAAUACGAAGAUUAAAUAAAAACAUUUAGCAAGCAACAAAUAGAAAACAGGGCUAGUCAUGAACCCAGUGCUCUACACAGUGAGAGGAGUGUAAAUGAGCAGAACAGGCUCACUUUAGAUUCUCACUUAGCUCCUGGGAGGGGGAACACUAGGGGAGGCAGAGCUGCCAUUCUUCUCCCUACCUCAUGGAUUGAUUCCAGUCAAGGAAAUAAAUGCCUCUGUACAGCUGCACUUGUAAUUCAAUCCCAUUGGGACCAUUGGCUUUCUUCUCAAUCUGUGUGAACCUCAUUAAGAUUGGCUUUAAGGCUGCAAUCCUAUACAGCCUUACUUAGGAGUAUGUUCCAAUGAACCCCACUAAGAUCAAUGUGGGUAUUUCCAAAUAAAUAAAAAAUGCUGCCUGAAUCUUACUUCGGCUGACUACAAGCACCUUCCAUUUUCUUCUGAACAACAAGCUAAGCGCUAAGGGAGGAUAUUUUGUUUUUGGUACCCAUUUGACAAAAGCUCCAGGUGAGGCCUUGGAAAAAGGAGCACCCCCUGCAACCUCUUUUUUAAGCAUAUGUGGGGAGCUGUCCCAUAGCCUUCAACUACAGGAACAGCAGAAGCAAGGUGAGACUAUAGCCACCAGCUAUGUUUCCCGCAUGCUUUGGUGAAUUGAUAGAUAGCUAAAGGUAAAGGGACCCCUGACCAUUAGGUCCAGUCAUGGCCAACUCUGGGGUUGCGGCACUCAUCUCGCUUUAUUGGCCGAGGGAGCCGGCGUACAGCUUCCGGGUCAUGUGGCUUCCGGGUCAUGUGGCUUCCGGGUCAUGUGGCCAGCAUGACUAAGCCGCUUCUGGUGAACCAGAGCAGCGCACGGAAACGCCAUUUACCUUCCCGCUGGAGUGGUACCUAUUUAUCUACUUGCACUUUGAGGAGCUUUCGAACUGCUAGGUUGGCAGGAGCAGGGACCAAGCAACGGAAGCUCACCCUGUCACAGGGAUUCGAACUGCCGACCUUCUGAUCAGCAAGUCCUAGGCUCUGUGGUUUAACCCACAGCGCCACCUGCGUCCCAGAGCAAAUAGCUAGGCGUUGGCAAAUGGCUGGGUUAAAAAAGAACAACACUUCCCACUACUCCUUCCCAAACUUCCUGUGGCGACUAUUGGAAGUAUACACAAAAUUCAUGAAUUAAUAUGCCUCAUUUGCUGAAUUAGUGAACGGUUUGCAUGUUAUGUAGAUUAUACUGUUGAGGUUUGUGACAACCGAGAGAUGGGAAUUCUAUCCAUAUUGCUUGACAAUUCGUUCUUGACUGGUUCAUUCUGAUUUCCAUGCUGCACCGGAAUCACUGCUUGUCUUAAUCUAGUUCAGUGAAUCAUGAAGACUUUAUUUAAUUAAAAGAAUACCUUGGAGAAAAGUGCAUUAUUAAUUGUCUGCUAGAAACGACAAACAUUUAUUGUUGUUAUUGGUUGCAAAUGAGAAGAGAUUACUGGAACAAAUGCAUAUUUUUUUCCUAGGUAGCUUUUUGUAAAGGUGAUUCACAUUUGCCUCCAGAUUGCUUUUCUUUCUUUUCUUGGCAGCAACAUUCGGUCAGAGGUGAUGUUGUUACUUUAGUAAAUUGUUAUUGAUUAACAUCACUAUAUACCUCACGUUGAGAGUACCAUGUCAGUAACCAAAGAAGAAGAAAAGCUGAGCUUUUGUGUUCUCUGUUGCAGAAAGGCAGGAAUCUGCCAGGCAGCUCCCGGUGGUUUCAAGCGACGAACUGAAAACCUUGCUGACAUGUACCAGAGAACGUUAUUUGGAGUUGUGGAGCACCAGCCAGCUAAAUCGCCCUGUAGCACCUGUCAAAGCCAAAGUUCAGGGUACAGCUUAUGGUAGGCAUAAUUUGGUUGCAUAGUUAUUAACACUUGGGAAAAUGCUGGCUUUUGAUACUUGAGGUGUAUAUUUUAGGACCCGCCUGAUUUCUGUGACUGUCAGUUGUUUUAAACUGUUUUUAAUAUUGUGUUUCAGUGUUGCGAUCCACCCUGGGACCUUAGGGUGAAGGGCAGGUAAUAAAUCAUCAUCAUCAUCCUCAAUAUGUCUACAGUCGUAGCUUCAAAGUCGAACGGAAGUCCGUUCGACUUCCAAAACGUUCGGAAACCAAAGUGUGGCUUCUGAUUGGCUACAGGAAGCUCCUGCAGCCAAUCGGAAGCUGCGGAAGCCCCGUUCGACGUCCAGGUUCCUAAAGAACGUUCACAAACUGGAACAAUCACUCCCAGGUUUGCAGGAGCCAAAACAUUCAAGAACUAAGCUGUCCGAAAACCAGGGUACGACUGUACCUAUCAAUCAUGACAUUCUUUCCCUUAAGAACAUCAGUGAGCGUGCUCCUCCCUUGGCGAGAGCAGCGAAACAAGCUAGAGAGCAGCAAAAACUGGAGAACUAAGCAAGCCAGAAUGUGAAGAUGUGAUUUAACAUUGACUUCAAAUUUUUUUUUAAAGCUGAUUUAAUAUCCUGGCUUGUUUAGAAGCCACUAAUCAUAUUUUCCCUCUUCAGAUGUAACAGGAAGCUGAAGUAAACGGCAGCUUUCUUGGCUUGGCUGGAGUGAAGCGAGUAAAAGCAGCUUGUUUGUAUCUUGGCUUUUUAAUAUUAUUAUUCAUCCAACUUUUGAACCACACUCCUUCAAAUCAAGCUCUUAGCGUGGUUUACAAUUGUGUCAUGUAAAACUGCCUAAAAGCAAUAAAACAUGGAUUACAAAGUUAAAACGACCACUAUAACAACCACCAAAAAUGUUAAAGGGAAUGGUCAUCAACACCCUGGUACAAUGCCAGCAGAAUUAAAGCAGCAGGCUUUAACCAAUCAAAUCAGAUUCCUCCAACAGCCUGGGAGAACAAGUGUGCCUUAAUCUGGCACUAGAAACGCAGAGAUAUAGGAUGCAGUGGCUGACUUCUCUCGCCUUGAAGGCCACAUUGAGGGUUCACCACCUUUCUUGAGGGCUGGGCGCCAGCAUGUGCACACACUCAUGGAGCACACACAGUACACAAACACAGCGGGGAGUAGAGGGAAACAAGCGGCUUAAUUCCAAGAAAGAGGUGAAAUGCAAGUCUUCCAGACCAGUCAUAAGAAAAAAAAGUGUGCCUUUUUAAUGAGUCACCAAAAAAGUGGUGUUUGGUUGAUUUAUUUGUUUGUUUGAAUCCCAUUAUUCCAAUCGGUUGAGCAGAGCUUAAGAUCGACAUUCAAGUACAGUGGUAGCUCGGGUUAAGAACUUAAUUCAUUCCAGAGGUCCGUUCUUAACCUGAAACUGUUCUUAACCUGAAGCACCACUUUAGCUAACGGGCCUCUUGCUGCCGCUGCGCGAUUUCUGUUCUCACCCUGAAGCAAAGUUCUUAACCCGAGGUACUAUUUCUAGAUUAGAGGAGUCUGUAACCUGAAGCGUCUGUAACCUGAAGCGUCUGUAACCCGAGGUAAAGGUAAAGGGACCCCUGACCGUUAGGUCCAGUCGCGGACGACUCGGGUUUGCAGUGCUCAUCCCGCUUUAUUGGCCAAGGGAGCUGGCGUACAGCUUCCGGGUCAUGUGGCCAGCAUGACUAAGCCGCUUCUGGCGAAUCAGAGCAGUGCACGGAAAUGCCGUUUACCUUCCUGCCGGAGUGGUACCUAUUUAUCUACUUGCACUUUGACGUGCUUUCGAACUACUAGGUUGGCAGGUACCACUGUACCGAGGUACCACUGUACAAAAUGCAUAAAGCGAAAUGCACAGCACAUGUUUUAGACAAAAGUUAAUAUUUUAAGAUGCUUUUCUGAUCUUGCUAUGUUCUAACGCUCAUCGUUGAUCAUUCCAGCUGUUUGCUUUUGUUGAUGCUGCAAAGUACAGUCAGAGCUAAUAGGAUUCAUUAUAAUGGUGUAGGCAGUAGUUGCCACAGGCGUUGCAGAAUCUGUACAAAACGCUUAGAAAAAUGCAGACUUUUGAGUUAUACAGGACUCCCAUGAGGUAUAACGGGAAGCUGGUAGAUUCUAUGCCACAUCUAGAUUUUGCAGUGGGUUAUGGUAUUGUUUUGACUUUAUUCCUCCUCCUCACCCCCUUUCCCCCACCUCCAACGUCUCACAUUUAGAGCUGAAAGAUUCAAAUCCUUUGAAGUGGCCAGAAAGAAACGUCCUGCAGAACUUGGAAAGCACUGAAAAAAUUAAACGAAAAGCCAGGUAACAUUAACAUGGCUUAAAUGUUGGCAGUUUUUUUAUAAAACGCACUGCCUAUUCAACAUCAGCUAUCGGUGUAGUUAGUGAUUUUUGUUCAUCUGUUUUGUUUCCCUCUCCAGGGCUUCUGAAUUACUUGCCCGUAAAGAAAGCCAAAAGGGCCCUGCAAUAUCACUUGAUGCCAAAGAGCUGCUGAAGUAUUUCACCCCAGAAGGCCUGCCCAUUGGGGAUCUGCAGCCUUUACACGUUCAAAAGAGGUAAGGCCUUGUUAGGAAUACAACGCACUGUUGAAUAGUUCAUUCUUUAAGAUGGCAAUCCUGAAGGCUGGGAUUGCCUUUUGGAAUCUAUGUGAGAUGUUUUUUCUAAUACCUCCUUCAGGUGCCUAAUAGUAAUUUCUCCGCUGCUGAAGGUGUGCACCACACCUGCAAAAUCAAUAACGGGACAGGGGUGGGGAAUCUUUUCAGCUCCAUAGACCAUUUUCUUAUCAGGAUUGUUGGGGGGGGGGGGGCGCAAGUUUGAUGGGUGGGUGGGGCUGCUCACCUGUCAAUCACCUGGCGUCCUUUGAGAGUUGGGUUGCCCCAACCAUUUGUCAAAAUCCCUUGCACGGGCUUCCACAUGCCCGCUGCCCGUCAGGCUCUUGGGAACUGCAGCGCAAGGGGCAUUGCAGUUUGGAAGUGCUCAGCGCAGGGCUGGCAAAGCGCUUUUUCCUCUCCUCUCCCCCUGAAGGGAGCAGGGAAUAUGAAGCCGGCAUUUUUCAGGCUGUGCUUGCCUGCUUUCUGCUGGGAACAAGUGCACACAGCCAAACUGAUCAGGAUUUCACCCAGCUGUUUGUCAGCUGACCAGCAGGUUGAAUCCUGGCAAGACAGAAGUACUGUUCUUGGGGGACAGGGGUGCGCAGGUGUGGAGGACUCCCUGGUCCUGAAUGGGGUAACUUUGCCCCUGAAGGACCAGGUGCGCAGCCUGAGAGUCAUUUUGGACUCACAGCUGUCCAUGGAGGCACAGGUCAAUUCUGUAUCCAGGGCAGCUGUCUACCAGCUUUAUCUGGUACACAGACUGAGACCCUACCUUCCUGCAGACUGUCUCGCCAGAGUGGUGCAUGCUCUAGUUAUCUCCCGCUUGGACUACUACAAUGCGCUCUACUUGGCUACCUUUGGAGGUGACCUGGAAACUACAACUAAUCCAAUGAGUUACCAAAAAAGUGUUAUUUGGUUGAUUUCUUUGCGGCAGCUAGACUGGUGACUGGGAGCAGCUGCCGAGACCACAUAACACCGGUCUUGAAAGACCUACAUUGGCCCCAGUAUGUUUCCAAGCACAAUUCAAAGUGUUGGUGUUGACCUUUAAAGCCCUAAACGGCCUCAGUCCUGUAUACCUGAAGGAGUGUCUCCACCCCCAUCAUUCAGCCUGGAUGCUGAGGUCCAGCGCCGAGGGCCUUCUGGCGGUUCCCUCACUGCAAGAAGCAAAGCUACAGGGAACCAGGCAGAGGGCCUUCUCGGUAGUGGCACCUGCCCUGUGGAACGCCCUCCCAUCAGAUGUCAAAGAGAUAAACAACUACCUGACAUUUAGAAGCCAUCUGAAGGCAGGGAAGUUUUUAAUGUGUGACAUUCUAAUGUAUUUUUAAUCUUUGUUGGAAGCCGCCCAGAGUGGCUGGGGAAACCCAGCCAGAUGGGCGGGGUACAAAUAAUAAAUUAUUAUUAUUAUUAUUAUUAUUAUUGUUGUUGUUAUUAUUAUUAUUAUUAUUUCCUGCUGCAUUGUCUGUGCACACUUGUUCCCUGCUGGAAAUAGGCACACAUAGCCCAAGAAAGCUCUAAGUUUUUUUCCAAGCAUUGGCUUGGGUGGGGUGGCAUGGUGUGUGGUGAGGAAGUCUCUUUCUCUCAAAUAGCCUAUAGUUGCAGGGGGGGUUGCUUUCUUUGUUUGGUUGUGCGUGCCUGUUUUCUGCUGGGAACAGGGGCGCACAGCUAAACUGAGCAGGAUUAAACCCUGGCUUGUCAGCUGCCAAUUGGGUGUUAACUCCUCCCCCUUUGUCUGUGCAUGCCUGUUACCUGCUGGGAGCCAGGCACCCAGGACCAAUGCGGAAUUGAACCCCACCUUCCCGCCCGCUAGCUGACAGCAUAAGUGACACCCACCGGUUGAAAGGUGGGUGUGUUUUGGGGAAAACGGCCUCACGGGCCAAAACUGGGCCAUGGGCUGUAGGUUCCCCACCCCUGUUGCAUACUAUGAAUUGAGGUUUAACUGUGCCAGUGUAAUUUUAAUAAUAUGGUGCCAAUGUGGCAGACAGUUGCUGUUCUUCCUGUAAAAAAGUUAUCCUGCAUUCUAUAAAUAAGCCAUAGCUGCAAAUUAAAAUCAGUUCUUUCUCCCUCCCCACCCUGUUCAGUGAAAAUACUUUCCUUCUGACGCCAGAGCUAACUCCUCGAAAACUCAGAAGCUUGCCCUUUGAAAAGGCUGCUGGCUGCCACUAUCACGGUCUCGAGUAAGUUCCUUUAUAAGUGAGUGAUGUGAACUGUUCGCUCGGUCCUCUUACUCAGUGUAUAUCCAAUGUACACACACACACACACAAACACACACUUCACAUUUGGUCUAAUUAUUAUGCGAGUGGAAGCAUCAUUUGAAUUUGCUAGCAUCUUGCAAUAAUUAAUUGUCUGGAAUGAAAGCGUUAUGCCUUUGAUUUGAAUAGUUAUACGUUUUUAUGGUAAUGGGUGCUUAAGAUGUUAUGACAGUAACUUUUCACUUUCAAAUCAAAGCAAUAAGGAAAAUUGCUGACAGCCCAUGAAUUAAGUCUGUGGUUCUAUUAUGCCAGGAUGGGAGGUAGACAGCGGAGGAGGCCUUGGAACAGAGAAUAUAUGCUGUGAUGCCUACAUUAAAGGAUAUUGAGCCCAGUUAUGGGCUGAGGCUCCAUGCACAUCUUCUCUAACAGCAGCUCUGCAUACUCGCAGAGGCUGCUGUGUAUUUAUGCUACAUCUGGAUCCUGCAAUGGGAAGCACAGCUGUCCUGGGCUUCUGGCAUUUUUGAAACAUUCCAUGCUUGGAAACGGGGCCCCUAUCAGAUAACAGCGGAGCAACCGCCAUUUUCUUUAGAAGUAGCAGGUUGACCAUUUUCUCUACACUAGAGAAAGCUCUCGGAUAGUUUUAUCACAGUGGGUGUCAUAGAGUCUAGUGUAGUGUACCCUAUUUGACAUGAAGAUGGCUCUAACUGAAACUGUUAAGAGUAUAUUGAACUGGCUAGAUUAUCAGAGGCAAUUAGAGAUCACACUAGACAAGAGUUUCAAAAAGCAUGGGGGAAAUGCAGAGAAUACUUCACAAAACAGUGCCCUAAAAUAUACAGUAUACCUGGACUUGUUUCAAUUAAUGUCUGCAGGAGACUUUGCGGAUAUUUAAGUUAUAAUUAGAAAAAUCUUAAUAAUUAUUCAUAAAGGAAACAGUUUAUAAGAAGUAAAUAAGGAGGCCAGAUACAGGAUAAAGGAAGUCUUUUAUUUGGUUGUUUGUAUUGUUGUAUGUUAUGCUCACUGUAUGUUAUGCUCACUGUAUGUUAUGCUCACGUUUAAUGAGGGUGGAUUUGUGCAUUGGGAGUGGGGGGUUUAUGUUAUGUUGUAAAUAAAAUUCCAAUAAAAAUUUAGAGGGGGGGGGGAGAAGAAUAUGGCUCUAACUUACUAGUGGAAAAUGCUCUGAAUGUAUCAGACUGCUCACUAGGUAUCCAGUAUGGCACAAGAAUGUCCAAAGUGGAAUCCCACAGUGCCCUGUGCUUGUUUUAGUUUCCACUGUGAGGAUGAAGGUAAAUCUCAAGAAUGCCCAAUGCAUAGUAGCAGCGGUGGAACAUUCCAAGAACGUCUUAUUAGAGCCAGGGUAUUUCUGCUCUUCUCCCUGCGAAAUGCCCAUCUUACCCGAGAAGUCCGAGUACGAAUGGGUGAAGUUUAGUCCUUAAUCCCUUUGUCCUGGAGAAGUUGGUCUGUUGUGAUGAUUGCCUGCCUUAUUGAAGUAUGAAAUAGAGGAAGAAUUAAGUAGAACAGGCUGCUUCAGACGGUUUAGUAUCUACUUCAAAGGACUUUCCCCAAGCUUUCAUGGACUAAGUUGGUGGUUGUCAUUGAUCGUUAAACACUUUGAAGGGUUGGGAAGCGCAACGUGCAUACUGAGAAGCAGCAUUAGUUUCUUACAGAAGCUCCUUUCAGUAGCUGAAUACAAAUGAAAGAGGCAGUUUGGGGUAAGCAACAAACCACAUCCUCCAUAAAUCCAAAUAGACUUCCAUGGCACUGUAGCUGUGCAGAGCCCAUGGCAUUAGGUGGUUACCUGCCCUCCUCUAUUUUAUUUGCAUGAUGAGACCUAAACUCAGAUUCAGGAGUACAGUGGUGCCUCGCAAGACGAAAUUAAUUAGUUCCGCGAGUUUUUUCGUCUAGCGAAUUUUUCGUCUUGCGAAGCACGAAAUCCCAUAGGAAUGCAUUGAAAUUCAAUUAAUGCGUUCCUAUGGUCAAAAAAAGUCCAAACAAAGCCAAAUUUGGUACAACAAGAGUUUAUUAAGUGCUCUUUAAAGUCACACAUACUGUAAAGAGCAUUUCAAAAUUGAAGGAACAAUAAAUUAAGUUUCUAAACAUGACAGAAAAACAUUUAAAAAUCAACAAAGUGUACAGUACAUUUUCUAAGACUCUGGGGACAACUCGAAGAAGGUUCCUCUUCCACUCUUUGCUUCUUGCUGAAGAACCCCUCCUCAACUGUUCCCCAGCCACCCACCACACAGAAAUUCAAAUCCAGAAUUUUUUUAAAAAACAGCAGAGUGGCCCAAUGGUCACAGAAAAUCAUAAAAAUGCAGAAAAAAACACACAAGCUUCCAGAUUCUUGCAAACCCCUCCCCAACACCAAGUCCUUGAAUUCCAAACACCCCAACCCAAAAUCCAAAACCCCCCCAAAAAGUUUUAAAAGUUUAACUUACCAAAUGGCUGCAAAAGAAGUUUUGGAAAAGCUUCAAAAAUCACCAAAGUCUUCAAAAACCUCAAAAAAGGCUACCACACCGCGUUCUAUGAGUUGCUCCUUGAAGUCAAGUCGCAACUGUAUUAACGGUGUUAAGAAAAAGGAAACAAACUUGCAAGACGUUUUUGUUUUUCGUCUUGCGAAGCAAGCCCAUAGGGAAAUUCGUCUUGCAAAGCAGCUCAAAAAACGCAAAACCCUUUUGUCUAGCGAGUUUUUUGUCUUGCGAGGCAUUCGUUUUGCGGGGCACCACUGUAGUCAGUCUUGGUGCCCUCCAGGAAUUGUGAACUACAAUUCCCAGUGGGAGCUAUAGUCGACAACAAUUGGGCGUCGCUGCAUUGACUGUUGCUGGUCAAAUGUUUUGCUUUUGGAUGUUCAUCCCAGGGCACUGUAUCCGUUCCAGAGUUCAAUAGGGAUUGUAAUCCUUUUGGAUUACACCCAGUAUACCUGAAGGAGCCUCUUCACCCCCAUCGUUCAGCCUGGACACUGAGGUCCAGCACUGAGGGCCUUCUGGCGGUUCCCUCACUAUGAGAAGUGAAGCUACAGGGAACCAGGCAGAGGGCCUUCUCGGUAGUGGCACCCGCCCUGUGGAAUGCCCUCUCAGCAGAUGUCAAGGAAAUAAACAACUAUCUGACUUUUAGAAGACAUCUGAAGGCAGCCCUGUUUAGGGAAGUUUUUAAUGUUUGGUUUUAUUGUGUUUUUAAUAUUUUGUUGGAAGCUGCCCAGAGUGGAUGGGGAAACCCAGCCAGAUGGGCGGGGUAUAAAUUUAUUAUUAUUAUUAUUAUUAUUAUUAUUUGGUGCCUGGGACUUGUAGCAUUUUCUCUCUCUGUGUGUUUGCCUCUCUCUCUCUCUGUGUGUGUGUGUGUGUGUGUGUGUGUGUGUAUUUUGGAAAGGAAUGUCAGCUGUUUUUCCAUUACUUUUUGAAAUCCAUUUAAUUUUACUACUUAGUGUUUUAUGAUGGUAGUGGUAUUGACAAUUUAGCGACGAGAACCAGAGGUGCAAAGUGCAUUGUGGCUGGUGUGGGGUGGGAGAGCCAAAUACCAUCUUCAGCAGAUUGUGGAAUGCUUAUUAGCACCCAAACAUUUUAGUGGGGCUGUGUACAAAAAAAAAGGCAGUUUGGAAUUUCUUGAUUAUUUUUUUUACGUUUCUUUGGUGCUGCGCCUGAUCAAAACCAAUUUGCGUAACAUUUUCUCAUUGUCAUGAAUGAUCAGACACAGCUGGAUUGUGGGGGGGAAAGAAGAGAAGGAGAGGAAGAUGUUGCCAUAAAAAGAGUGAGCAAAGUGACAGCAUUACUCAGGAUAAAUUAAUAUGUCAGCUCUGUAGAAUGGGCAGCAAAGCUUAACUCAGAAUACAAACAAGGAAACUCAAAAUACCAUGAAAUGGAUAAGCAAGAAGUUUUUUUGUCUUAUCAGAUAAUGAGCUUGUUUCUAGUGGCAAAAUUGAAUUCAUUACUUACGUUGAUUAAAAACUCUCUUUUUAGAGGAGGGAAUAGACUUCAGGCUAUGUAUGACAAUAUUAUCUUGGUAACAGAAAAUGAUUUGAUUUGUCCUGACAGUCUGGUGGAAGCGCGAUGUACUGGUGCUCAGAUAAUUAUAAUAGCUAUGUGCCUCCAUGUUGAUUGAAUUGUCAGGCAAGCCAAUCCCGCCCAUCUUAUCUGCUAAAGUGGAAAGUAUAUGCUUUUAGGCGUAAUGGCCAAAUUGAACCUCCCUGUUGAGAGAACAAAUGAUCAGAGAAUGGUUAUUGCCCUUGGGUCCUAUUUGUGCACUUCUUGGAGGUAUCUGGUCGGUCACUUUUGGACUCAGAAUGCUUGCCACUUGUCUAAACCAGCAGGACUCUUUUAAUCCAUAUGUGGAUGUGCUCCAUUGAUUGCUAUAUUUGAGAUUGCAUUGUGCUCUGAGUUUGAUUCAUCCAUGCCUGUUGGCAGCAAAUAUUUGUAGAAGGACCUUCUCUCGCCUCAGUAUGGGACUCCACAAUAGCUGUCAUCACACACAUGCCAUCUCCUCAUCUGCGUGAGUCUUUAAAACAAUCCUCUGAGGGAUAAUACUUAAUAAUACUUUUGUAUAGUGCAUGCGAAGCAUUUACGAAUAGCUACUUGUAAGCCUUGCAGCAUCAUUGUUAAGGCAAGUCGUUGUAGUUUAGUCAUUUAGUCGUGUCCGACUCUUCGUGACCCCAUGGACCAGAGCACGCCAGGCACUCCUGUCUUCCACUGCCUCCCAAAGUUUGGUCAAACUCAUGCUGGUAGCUUUGAGAACACUGUCCAACCAUCUUGUCCUCUGUCGUCCCCUUCUCCUUGUGCCCUCCAUCUUUCCCAACAUCAGGGUCUUUUCCAGGGAGUCUUCUCUUCUCAUGAAGUGGCCAAAGUAUUGGAGCCUCAGCUUCAGGAUCUGUCAUUACUAUCCCCCAUUUUACAGAUCGGGAGGACUGAGGCCAAGAGACAGAGGCUUGCAUAAGGCCAUCUAAUGAGUUCAUUCAUGGCAGAUACGGGUUCAAGCGGGGGAUUAUCUGAUAGAUGGAAUAUCCAUUCCUUCAUUUUAUUUGUAUGCUGAACACACACACACACACCAUGCUCAAAGCAGCUUACAACGAAGAAACCGGGGUGCAUUUCAAACAAACACUACAAAAACAAUUUCAUAAUAACACAGCAAAACAACAACUUUGUAACAGCAUUGCUGGAAACAUGCUGAACAAGAGAACAGUUGUAAACCAUUUGGCUUCUUUUAGGCUGGAAUCCAAAACCCACUCACUAGGAAGUAAGCUCCACUGAGCCUAGUGGGACCUACUUCUGAGUAAACAUGCAUAGGAUAUACAAAUAGCAUUCUUUUUGAUGCCAGUGAAUUGUGGGCUGAGGUGUGGUACUCUGAAACUAAGGUGGAAGGCGGUUUGAUCCAUGAGGUUGGUUUUUACCCCAUAUCAUAGCAGACUGCAGGAGGACCUUUUCAGAGGUUCACUAGCAAUUCAAAUAAGGGCAGACAUUCUCAUACUGACACGUAAACAAGGGGUACUAAGUUAUCCCUUAAUUAGGAAAACACCUCCGUUCUUCUGCAGUGCUCCUCUCAGGCUUCUGAAGCUGUUUCAUGUUUCGCUUUAGAUACUGCCUGGACAACAGGAGAGCUUUGGAGAGAGACGUGGCGUUUGCUGAACUUCAGACUCGCCUUAUCCGUUACGAAACGCAGACCACCUGCACAAAGGAGUCCUGUCCCGUGCCCUGUGCGUUGAGUCCUCUGCCAUCUCCUGCGGUUUUGUCAGAGCCUGGGAGUGUCCCCGAUGGGGAAUCUUUGCAGAGGGAGCUGCAAACAGAGGCAUCCAGACGCAGAUCAAAGGACCUGGACGGCUUUCAUCCCAACAAGAGGUAAUAUGCAGUGGUGUAGCUAGCUGCUCAGGCAUUCGGGCUCGGGUGUGCUGCAGGCGCCGCCCCCCAAGUGGUAAGUGGCCGCCCAGUGCACCCCCAACCCCAGCUAUGCUAGUGGUGAUAUGCUACACUUUUUUUUAAAAAAGUGAGAUAUUUUGAGUGUGUGUAAAUUCAGCUCUCUUUUCAUUCCGAAGAGAUUUCUGUGGCAUAAUGUUCAGAUAAUCUUAAUCCUCUUUUGCUAAUUCCUCCCUCCCUGCCUUUUUUUUCCUGUGAUAACCUUUCGUUAGCUUUGAAUAUGUUGAAACAGGACCCGAAGGCAUUUUUGCUUAAGCUCCAUAGGGCUGCGUGAUGCAAGAUGCCAAGUGAGGGUCACGCCCCACCAAACUGGUUCUGUUUAGAUAACUCACUGCCAGAUUGGAUGAAAGAUCAGAUGCAGAAAUGUGUUAUGUUUUCUCUCCUGUUUCAGAUGGAUAGUUUCUAAUUGCUGGCAUCUGACACGAUUUGAGGUGUUUUCAUGACAAAUUGAGCUGCGCACAAAACACAGAAUAAUCUUAACAUCUGUUUUGUUCCCUCAACUCUUCUUUCUAGGUUGCGGAAAUCUGAAAGCACAGAUUCUCUCUUGUCCCAGGCAAGCGGAAGCAGCGGGAGUCGCCAUUCAGGAGUUGUCACAAGGCAAUGCCAGGAGCUUUCAGUCUCUCUGCCUUCAGUAGCUGUGAAACAGUCUUACAGUCGGAUGCAUAAAGCAGCCCUAAAGAGCAGCUCAGCAAACCAGAGGUGUGGGGGAAAGCCAGAUACAUCAAAGCCCACAAGGGAAUCUAGAUCUCAGAAGCAUACACGGGUAAAUAACUUUUCCGGAUAGCUAAAAAUGAAGUUCUGUCUUUGCUUUUGCUGUUCCUAGAUUGAAUAAGGCAGGGCGAAGAUUUGAGCCAUAAAUUCAACAAAUUACUUGCCAUCCUCUUUGGCUACCCUUUUGAGUCUCUUCUUCAAAUUCCCAUGCUGCUCCUGUUGCCAAGAAACUCUGUUCCACUCGUACUCUGCACAUGCCCCAAGGAUACGUGUAUUUUAGUUUUGUUCUGAGCGGUGGGCAAUAGCACCGCAUUAUAAAUAGUUCAUAUUACAGAGUUAGUGCACAGUUUCUUAAGCUCUGGGAAAUGCUUGUUUAUGCACUUAGGCAGCAGAAGACAAUAUCCAUUUUAUCCCUAGAUAGAGAAUAGUUUCAGUACAGGGAACUGUCAGCUUAAGUAAUUAGUCAAAGGGAGGGAAGAGACAUUAAAGGAGGAUAAAACAACAACUAAAUAAAAAUCCAAACAAGGAUGUUGUGUGUGUAUGUGAUAGGUUUUUUAUUUUUUUAAUGCCUAGCAGCUAGUGUUUCAUCUUCAAAGGACAAUAUGAAUAUUUUAUUCAUAUUCCUGUGAGGUAGGUAAACAAGCGAUCUGUUUGCUUGUUCAAAUAAAAAAAGAAUUGGAACAAGUUUUGUUACUUGCUCCAGCAUGAGGGGGUCACGUCAUAAUUACAUCUUUCACUGGGACAUCUAUCAUGUUUUAGUCUGGCACCUAAGCCUGCAAAGAUAUGAUUGCAGCAAAAUGUGUGUAGGUGUCCACAUGCAACGUAGAGUUUAUAUUCGUCAGGCAGCUUUGAUCUUUGCAGCUUUCUUUUGAGCGGAUCGUAAGCCUAAAUUUCGCUUAGAUGUGUUACCUGUGAAAUGCUGCAGGCACUGACUAUAUAGCAGGGCUGAGCUGAGAAAUGCUGGUGCCCAGGCCCCUUCGUUAGUAGCACGGUUUUGCUCCGAUAAAAAAUGUGGAUUUGAAAGUGUGGUGUUGGGCAUCAGACGUGCAAUACACUGCCAAUGCUUCUCUUCAAGAUGCUGAAGGAGGUGGUGGUGAAAACCCUCAAGGAGCACGGCAUUGCUGAAGAUCACAAAUGCUUUGCGGCGUGCAGCCAGCGUCUGUUUGAGAUAUCCAAGUAUUAUCUAAAGGUACUUUUCUCCAGCUUCCGCAUGCACAGAACAGUGCGUGAUUGUGUUAUGGUUUGAUAUGUUGACAAGGAAGGGUGGCCUGUGGGAUAUACCGUACUUUUCCAUGUAUAAGACGCCCCCAUUUGGGGACUCAAAUUUUAAAAAUGGGGGGAGAUGGCACAGAGUUGUUGAGCUUCUUUUGGGGGCAGGGGAUGGAUGCCGAAGAUCGCUCACCCACACGCAUCCAAAAAUCUGCCUCUCAUCUGUCCCCUCGCCGGCAGAAUCUGCCAAUCACCCGCCCAAUUGCCACAGCGUCAACACCAGCCAUUGACGCAACAACCAAUAACACACCCAAUAAUGGCUGACAGCCACAGCAGCAACCAAUCAAGCGUCCACCCUAUGCACUAUCCAUGUAUAAGAUGACCCCCACUUUUUAGCAUUAUUUUUAAAGAGAAGAACCUAGUCUUAUACAUGGAAAAGUAUGGUAUUCUGCAAAGUGCCCUCAAACUGGCCUUCUUUUUACUGACUUAGAAUCACAGAAUUGUAGAGUUGAAAGGAACCAUAGCUGUAAACCGUCCCUUAUUUGGCGGGAAAGUCCCAUAUACCAGCGCCGUGUCCCACUGCUGUCCCUUAAAUUUCCCGGGUUUCAAAGGAAGCAGCUCCUCUCCCUUCCUCUCUGCCGGCCAUGGAGGAGGGAGGCUCCAACUGUGUUGCUUGGCUGUGUUGCUCACCCAAUAAGGAGUCUAAGAACGACUGGGGGGUGGAGCUUGCAUGCCUUGGGCCGAUCAAAUCGGCCGUGUUGCCUGGGGACUCGCCUUUGCUCAGCACUUCCCAGCGGAAAGGUGACAGGUGACAGUGGUUUUCCUUGCUGCAUCCCCUUUGCCGGGUUGCUGUGCUGUGGGAACCACCGCUUGAGGCUUCAUUUGGCUGCUGGCUGGACUUUCUGCCUUUGGCUUGGAGGGGCUCAGAAGUUGAACAUACCUGUGCCCUGAAAAUCCCUUAUUUUGGUUGCUGAUCCCUUAUUUUCGAGGCUGCAAUUUUCAAAUCUGUAAAUUGACAGCUAUGGAAGGGACCCCGAGAUUAAGAGUAUUAUGCACUUCUGAUAGGGAUGAGCCAAAGUGCCUUGCCUUUUUCAUUCUAUUAAAGUGGCGGUUUCUGGGCACUUGCUGCAAUCAAAUUCACAUUGGUUGAAUGUGCCAUUUUCCUUCACCUGUGCUCUUAACUGUCCUCAGCCCCGCUUGCCCCAUUAGCCCAUGCUACCGUUUCAUUGCAUAGGUGACCCACGUGAUUUUGAUUAAGCAUCGCAACACCACACCUGGCACAACAAUUUCAGGAAUGCUCACACACGAAAUCUGGGGGUUGAAAUAGCAAAUUGGGUUCAAUAGCAAUGUGGACAAAUGAAAGGAGUGCAAAGAUACGACGUAAAAAUGUGCUAAGAGGACUCAGUAGCCAGGGGAUUAAAAAGAAAUAAAAACACUGAGCAUUGGGGUUUUUUAAUUUUAAUUUUACUAGUUUGUUUGGCUGUGGAAUAUCAAAAUUUGGAGAUGUUCAGUACAGCUUUUACUACCGUUUGUUGCCAUUUCCAGUGGGAUAGCUGUGUUAGUCUCUUUGUGAUAAAAAACAUCAAAGAGGCUUGUAUCACCUUAAAAAGUAACUCAUUUAUUAUGGCAUAAGGUUUUAUGAACUACAGGCCAGCUGUCAUCCAUUAAAGUUUAUGCAUUUUGGUGUUACUGUAGUGUUUUGUUUUCCAGAAUAUUAAUACAUCUAUUCCUUCAUGCUAACCUUAAAUCUAACACUGCGAUCCAUUAAGUUUUCCGCUUGUGAUGCAGUAUGGUUCUUAUUUAGGAUCUGAAAACAUCUAGGGGACUAUUUGAUGAAAUGAAGAAAGCUGCAACCAGCAAUGUUAAACAGGUGAGACUCUCUUACGUGUCCAGAUUAUGUUUUCUGUACUGGAGAAUAUUACAAAUAGUACUGAGGCUUGGCUUGGGUUAUCAAAGUGGUUCUCAGGGUUAUCUAGAUUGAAUUGCCUCAAAUAGUGGCUUCAUUGGGCUGCUGGAUGAGUCUGUAAGAUGACCAAAUUCUCCCCUUAGUAUUAAUUUGUGGAAUGUGACCUGUAAAAUGGUUUGUUUGCCCAGCAGAAUAUCUGCCUUUGUUUCACGAAUUCAGAGUUUGGUAAUAGUUGUUGGCUAUCAUGUUUUUUUUUGAAGAUUCUUGAAUUAUAAAGAACCGCUCCAGUAUUAAUUAGAUUCAACUUUUCUGUAUUGCAUCAUUUUACACCUCUUAAGCUUUGUUUUAUGUUCAUUUUUAAUUCUAAGUGCAUUUCUUGGGAUGUGUUUACAGGUCAUUGAAUGGGUUUUAGACAAGAGCAAGGAGAAAUGACGUGCUAAAACCAUUGCUAUUCCAGGAUGGCAAUUUUGAGCAAGCACAGCACAUUAAGUGGACAGCGUGGGAGUGCCUUGUUACAUUGUGGAAGUCCCUUAAACCAGUGAUUCCUGCAGUGUAAUACCCUCAAAGAUCUCUGACAUUUAAAAAAUGGCUUUGAAUUGAGCCUUAUGUGUAUAUAGCUGUGUAUGUGUGUGUAUAUAUAUAUACACACACGCAAUUAUUUCAAACUGUAUGAAUAACACAAUCAAAUCUUCUAUGCUUUUUUUUUAUAUGCGGCUUGUACAGCUUUUUUAUUUAGAAAAUAAAAACCAGGUUUCUAAGUGGUUGACAGUGUUAUCUUCUUUUCCUGUUUGCCUGAUUUACUAGACGCAUAACUCUGUCAGUACCUUCCUUGUGGUUAACCAACUAGCCAUAAAAGUUUUACAAGAUAGACAAAACCCUCUUGCGCUUGAUAACAAAUUAAGUGUCAAGAACAGUGGUUUUUGUUGAACCAAAAGCCCACCAAAAGCCCACCAGGAGGAAUAUUCUUCCUCUAGACCUGACUGCGUACCCCCAUAGAUGAACCAAGAUGAACCAGAAUGCCUCAGUCAAAGCAAAGAUGUGCACAAUAAGUUUCAACCAGUUUCAGAAGAUUCAAGGGAGAUACAGUGGUACCCCGCAAGACGAACGCCUCGCAAGACGGAAAACCCGCUAGACGAAAGGGUUUUCCGUUUUGGAGGCGCUUCGCAAAACGAAUUUCCCUAUGGGCUUGCUUCACAAGACGACAGCCCAUAGGGAAAUCUCAGGGACAGCGGGGAGCGCAGCGCGUCUUCCCCACUGUCCUCGGACCUCCUCCGAAGCCUGGCGGCGGGGCGGGGACACCUCCUCCCGCCGCCGCCGGGCUUCGGAGGCUCCUCCGAGCCGGGCGGGGGAGGGAACACCUGCCGCCGCCGCCCGGCCGGACGGUGCUCCGAAGCCGGGGCGGGGGAGGAAGACCUCCCCGCCGCCCGGCCCGAGCGGUGCUCCGAGCCGGGCGGUGGGGAGGGAAGACCUCCCCGCCGCCCGGCUCGGAGCGGUGCUCCGAGCCGGGCGGGGGGAGGGAACACCUGCCGCCGCCGCCCGGCCCGGGCCGGUGCUCCGAGCGCGGGCGGGGGAGGGAAGACCUUCUGAAGGCGGGCGGGGGCGAAGUCUUUGCUCCCCCUGCCUCCCUGUCCCGGAGGGCUUUUUGAAGGCGGGGAGCAAGACUUCGCCCCGCCCGCCUUCAGAAGAGGUCCAGGACCUCUUCUGAAGGCUGGCGGGGGCAAAGUCUUUGUCCCCUGCCUGCCUUCCCAGGGGCUUUUAAAUUGCCCCGGACAGCGGAGAAGUCCUCCGAUGUCCCGUUGUGAUUUUAAAAUGCCGCCCGCCAGCAUUUUAAGAUCGCCCGGACAGCGGAGAAGUCCUCCGCUGUCCCGGGGUUUUUUAAAAUGCUGGGGGUGGGAAGAAAAGCCCUUGCCCCCCCCCCCCAGCCUUCAGAAGAGGUCCGGGGACAGACUGUCCCCGGACCGGGUCUGUAGGCGGUUUCCCUAGGAACGCAUUAAUUGAUUUUCAAUGCAUUCCUAUGGGAAACCGUGCAUCGCAAGACGAAAAACUCGCAAGACGAAGAGACUUGCGGAACGAAUUAAUUUCGUCUUGCGAGGCACCACUGUAAUUGUAAAAGGAGACUUAGCUAGAAUAAUUGCUUCUAUCAAGCCAAAACUCAGUUGUAGAAAUUCCAUUGGGGUUAAUCAAGCUAGCGUCACUGAAUGUAACUAUAAUGCUUUCUCAAAGCAUUCUGUUCUUGCCAUAUAAAUUAUAACCCCACAAAAGCUCCAGUAAAUGAAUUUUUUAUUAAAUAUAGUAUUUUUUCCUCUAAAAUAUAAAUAUUUUAAACUAAAUUCUUACAAAUCUUGAGUAGCGCCGUAUAAUUCGUUCUAUCAACUCCAACCAAAUAUGAGUCGAUCCAAAAUCUGUAUUUAAUUUGUCUAUAAAUAUAUAACAUUUUUUUCUCUUUGUAAAUUAUUCGCUUAUUCUUUAUAUUGUAAUCUGAGCACCGUAAAUUACAUGACAUACUGUGUUAUUUAUUAAUCGAUAACUAAUAGAUAAAUUCUGAUUAUUUACAAUGCAGGUAUAUCUAUAACAUUCCAGUGAUUUUUUUAAAAAGUGUUUAGGGACAGUAUAAUUUACACAUGCAUUUACUUUCCCUACAAUACACAGUAAUUCUGGGUUAUUUUCUGUCAUUCAAAUCCACAAACGCUCUCCCUUUGCAAUUUCAUUUGUAUUGAACGAAGAACUUGUAUUUUGCAUGACGUUGGCAAGUGCAUGGAUUGAUGGCUCUCCAUCUGUAUAUUUGCAUGUUCCUUUAGUUUUCACAAAAGGAAAAAAAUUCAGCCCAGCCUCACAUAUCCCUCUAUCAUCCUUCAACUGACAUGGAAACCCUUAUUCCACUUACAGAGAUCUCUUACCUGCAAAGGUGUUCCUAUGCUUUAAAUGCAGGAACGAGACCCACCCCUGGGUGCAUUCCACUCCUAAGUCCAUUCAAGUGAAACAUGGAAGCCCAUAGAGUCUUCUGUGCGCACUGGAGUGGGACAUGGGGCCCUAGAUCAGGGAAAUACUACAUUCACAGAAAGGAGUUGUGUGUUAGACCUCUUUUUGGAAGACUGCUAUUGUCAUAUCCCUCCCUUCUCAAGAGCUUCAGUACUUUUCCUCCUCUGCCUGCAUUUACAAUCAUUAACAAUUAUACCAGUACCAGGCAUAGCUGUUAUUAAUGCCAAGCAUAUACUCUAUAACCAGGGUUUUAUUAUUAGCUUCAAACCCUGGUUAGGAAACUCUGGCUUAAUCCUCAGUUCUGGAUGAAGUUAAGUGCAUGAUAUGCUUAGCAACAUUUGCUCCGUUAGCCAUGGUUAAGAUCUGCACCGUAAUACGGAUCCCGCUUGGUAUCUUCUGUAUAUAAAACAAUGUAUUUUCCCCCAUGUACGUAAAUAACUCUAAAAGGAGAUUUAGUUGCCGUGUCCCACUUCCAGGGAACACAAUUAAAAUGAAACACAACUGAGCUCCCUUUUGUCUGUCAGAGGGAAUCAACAUCGAAAAAAUGAGCAGUGUUCCAGGAAGCAUGAAUAAUAAGGAUAAUUGUUAUACUGAAAGCCACCAGCUCAGGGUCUCCCGAUCACAUUUUCUGCCUCUUUCUGUGUGUGUGUGUACAAUACAGGGUUUUAGUGUUGAUGCAUUUGGAAGACUGCAUUCAAGCAGGAUUCUUUGUGGGUCGUAUCCAACCAAGUCAUACUCAGAGGAGACCCAUUGACAUCGAUGGACAAGUUAG